AUGGACCGCGUCGGUGGCGUAUGGCUAUUGUGGAAGCGGUUGAAACAGUACCUCGAAUAUCGCGGGAGAAAAUUGCCUCCAGUGUACAGGGAAGGACUUCAUGUUCCCCUGCUGGGAGCAGCCCUUCAGUUCCUCUCGGAUCCUCUGAAAAUGGCACGUCGAGCGCAGGACGUGCAUGGGGAUAUCUUCACUGUGUAUGUGCUCGGAAAGAGGUUGACGUUCAUGUGCGGCCCUGAUGCUCAGGAGAACUUCUGCCGAGCGAGGGAUGACGAGUUGUCUCAGCAGCAGGCAUACAAGUUCAGUGUCCCCCUGUUCGGCCCCGGUGUGGUGUAUGAUGCGGAUCUGGAGAAGAGGACGGAGCAGAUCAAGUUUGUAACCAACUCGUUGCACACUACGGCGAUCGGCCAGUAUGUGCCGAUGAUGGUGGAUGAGGCUGAGAAAUACUUUGCUUCGUGGGGAGAUGAGGGAGUCGUUGAUAUUUACACCGCCCUUGCCGAGCUCAUCAUCUUAACGGCUUCCAGAUGCCUGAUGGGUCCAGAGAUCCGUAGCGAGCUGCACAAGGAGGUCUCAGAGCUGUACGCGAUUCUUGAUAAGGGCUGCACCCCAAUUUCAUUCUUUGCCCCAUAUUUUCCCAUACCGGCGCAUUUCAGGAGAGACAAGGCCCGUAGACAGAUGGUGGCACUCUUCCAGAAAGUUAUUGAGAAACGUAGGAAAGAGAACAAACGAUACAAUGAUGUGCUUCAGGUCUACAUGGAUGCUACAUACAAGAAUGGUGACAAACUGCCGGCACACGAGGUCACCGGAUUGCUUAUCGCUCUGCUAUUUGCGGGACAGCACACUUCGUCUGUAACUUCGUCCUGGACUGGUUUGUACAUGUUGGACAAUAAGAAGGACAUCAUCCCGAAGCUUGUCGAAGAGCAAAAGAAGGUUGGAAAAGUGAUUGAUCAUGAGGCGAUCAAGAACAUGUCUCUUUUGCACGCAACAGUGUCGGAGGCGUUGAGAAUGCAGCCACCACUCAUCUUUGUCAUGCGAGAGGUCCUUCAAGAUAGGCAGUUCAAGGAUUACACCAUCCCCAAGGGAGAUGUAAUAUUCCUCUCUCCUUCGCUCUCUGGUCGACGACCAGACGUCUGGACCAACCCUGACUCGUUCGAUCCCUUCCGCUUCUUGGAGCCAAGGGAGGAGCAUCGCAAAUUCUCUCAUGGUUGGCUUGGGUUUGGUGGCGGGCGCCACCGCUGCUUAGGCGAGCACUUCGCCUAUGUCCAGAUCAAGACGAUUUGGGCUUACCUCCUCCGUAACUUUGAAAUGGAAGCUGUUGGACCCUUGCCUUCACCCAACUACGAGGCUCUUGUUGUUGGUCCCAAGCAUCCCUGCCUCAUCCGCUAUGUCCGUCGCAAGCUGCCCAUCGACUGA